GCUGGUGACAUUAGCUUCAGCUGACUCAAGUAAAGAUACAGCGCACAGCCAGCAGAGUCUGGGGAGAUUUUCAGACAGAUUUUUUUCACGUUUGGCUUUUGAGUGGAGUUCUGAUUGACUCCAAAGAAAGACAAGUUUGGUCAUCGUUCAAGGACUGAAAAACUGCAGCCCUCCUCUGGCUGUUUCACAUCAUUUUUUUGAACUUUUUGUCAGUCCUGCGAUGGCUGCAGUCCGUCAGAUGGAGACCACUGGCCUGCAUGUCCUUCCUGCUCAUCUUAUGGCAUCUGCUAUGGAAGAGUUCCCCCAGCAGCUGCCCGUGCUCAAGGGCCCAACAAAGGGCAAGAGCCGCCUCCGCCGGCCUCGAGAGGCUCGCUUCAAAACCCAGCCCGUCACCUUUGCUGAAAUCGCUGAGGUGGAGGAAGAAGGCUCCUCUCCUCUGGAAGAAGAACGGGCCCGUCGCUCCUUCUUGCAAUCACUGGAGAACCUACGGCGAAGCACACAGACCCUCUACUGCCCACCUGCCGCCCACCGCAGCUCAACCCCGACACAAGCCAGCCUGGACUCCAGCGACUCCGAUUCCACCCAGUAAAGCCUUCAGCCUUCCCGAAUCACUCAUGUUCCCCGCUUGGUCCUUGGACAUGAAGUGAACUGAGCUGGUCGGCCCUUCAGACGAACCGCUGUUGCCAUGCAACAGUCUGACCUUAGCAUACUAACCAGUCCAGAAAUGCACUUCCUGUAUCCCUGUAGAGACUUUACCCAAGGAUGUUCAUCCUGUCACAAACUUCUGUAAAGUUAGCAAAUGACGUUGUGAGGAACACGAGAACUUCAAAGUAUUCCUUUUCUACUUUAGAUGUUUAAGAAGAACUUGUGAUAUAACAGACGGUAGAUAUUUUUAUAUUUAAAGUUGUAUUUCUAGUUUGGUUUGAAUCAAUUGUUUUCUACUUGACCAGUCAUGAGAUUUUUGAAGAUGUUAGGACUGUUGUGAGCUAAUGCACUGUAAAUAAAAUAAAUAGAUACGUAGCUGUGGCUGAAGCAAUAGGAUGCAAUCACAGAGUCUGAACUCUUGGUCUCAGCUUCACCGUCAACAAUAUUAUCUGCCCCUGCUUCAUUUGUUGAGCAGAAAUGGCUUUUCUAAUGCUUCUAUUUAUUUUAUUGUUUAUUCCUUAACUGAGUAUAUGCAUAUUUACAUAUAUAUGUUUAAUAUAUUUACUUGAAUAAAUAUUUUCAUGCAUAACAAGUCA